AUGCCGAUGCGCCGCCUCAACUCGAGGUCCCGAACGGACCGUGACAACGCAAGCCUCCUGGCCCCUGACACAUACGACGACGACGCCUCAUCUCUGCAUAGCCGAAGCGACCAGGACAGCGACAGCGACGAUGAUCAAUUGCAACUGCGUGCCCGCAACAGCCGCGAGCUGCGCGCCGCCGAUAGCCUAGUGUUCAUGGAGGAAGAGGAGGUCGAGACGCUUGUCGCGGAGACGCGCAAGAAGCAGGAACUCCAGCGCCGCGGGUCUGGUCUCGCCGUGCCGAACCCUCUGAAGCUGUUCGGGCGCGGAGUGGAUGGCCAGCUUCCCGGAUCCAGUAACGGCUCGUCCGAAAACCUUUUCAGUGACAAGGAAAAGCGCCAGCAGCGUCGGACGAGGAGGAAACAGAGAAAAGAUCGCCUGUUGGAGAAGGCAACCCACGGCGAGGACGGCGAGCUGAUGUACGAGAUGGAAGAGGGCGGCAUGAAGGAGGGUAGCUCGACCGGCGAGAGCAGCGAACGAGACGAUAGCGACGAGAUCGACCGGCAGCGGCUGAAAAUGGUUACCAACGCGAAGACGGACAAGCGGCGGAGCUGGCGCCGAUGGCUCGUCAUACACAGCAUGAUUGCCGUUGGCUUCGCGAUCCUGAUUUUGGUGGCGUGGAAGCUAUCUCUCGGGAGGAAGUCGGCGCAUAAUGUGGAGCUUCUCAGCAACGGCACGGCGCUCUUUGCACCGACGACCAUCAUCAUUAGCCUCGACGGUUUCCGUGCCGAUUUCUUGCAGCGCGGCAUCACACCCAGACUGAACGCCCUCGUAAGAGAGGGUGUGUCGCCAAAGUACAUGCUCCCUGCCUUCCCGUCCGUCACGUUUCCGAACCAUUACACCCUGGCGACCGGCCUGCACCCCGAGAGCCACGGUAUCGUGGGGAAUACCUUCUGGGAUCCUGACAUGCAGGCCGAAUUCUACUACACCGAUCCUGGACGGAGUCUCGAUGCGAAGUGGUGGAAGGGCGAGCCCUUUUGGGUGACAGCCGAGAGGCAGGGCAUUCGAUCCGCGAUUCACAUGUGGCCUGGCAGUGAGGCGCACAUUCUGGGCGUUGAGCCGACCUUCUUGGACAGGUUUAAUGGUAAAGAGGCCCUUGACAACAAGGUCAGCAGGAUCCUGGAGUUCCUAGACAAGCCCGGCAUGGAGGACAAGACUGCCAAGGUCGAGGACAUGCGGCCCCAGCUUAUUGCGGCGUACGUGCCCAAUGUUGAUGCGGAUGGCCAUAGGUACGGGCCUAACAGCACGGAAAUUCGCGUGACCAUCGAGGUCACCGAUGCCAUGAUGGACCAGCUCUUCCUCGGUCUCGAGAAACGCAACCUCACCGAUAUCGUUAACGUCAUUGUUGUCUCUGACCACGGCAUGGCCACGACAGAUACUACUCGUCUGUUGCAGCUCGAGGACCUUGUCGAUACCUCCAAGAUCGAACACACCGACGGCUGGCCUCUUUACGGUCUCCGGCCGAAGAACCCCGACGAUCUCCAGGGACUGUAUGACGGUCUGGCUGAGAAGGCCAAGACGAACCCCAACUUCGACGUCUACCUGCGUGAUGUCAACAUGCCUGAGCGCUAUCACUUCUCCAACAACAAGCGCAUUGCGCCGCUCUGGAUCGUGCCCAAGGCUGGCUGGGCCAUCGUCACGAAGGACGAGAUGGACGUGGCGAAGGCGCUGAAGGACGGUUCGGUCUACCAACCCCGUGGACUGCACGGAUAUGACCACGAACACCCUCUCAUGCGUGCCAUCUUUAUCGCCCGCGGACCGGCCUUCCCCCAUCCGCCGAACAGCCAGAUCGAUGUCUUCCAAAAUAUCAACGUGUACAACAUUCUCUGCGACUCUGUCGGUCUUAUCCCCGAGCCAAACAACGGGACUCUACGUCUACCCCUUCGGCCCGUGGGUACUCACAAGUCUGAAGAUACUCCAGCAGAACCCGAGGAUCCGGUUCCUCCGUAUACAACCACUGCCUCUCAGACAACUGCUUCGGCGCAAUCAACAGCGGCUCAUUCAUCAACUCCUGAGAAGCCCAUACAGGUGGAUCCCGUCCCACAACCUUCAUCGGCAGAGGCGCCAACAGAGGACAAGCAGGGUGGAGAUGAUGGUGAAGAAAGCCAGGGCGCCGAAGAAGACGCAAUACAGAAGGGCAAGGCAGCCAUGAUUGGUAUUUGGGACUGGCUCACGGACAAGUUUGGCAAGGUGUGGGACAAGAUUAGCGGGUCAAAGGGAGACAAAGAGUCGGAAGAGAAGGAGGGAUCGGAAUGA